CCGGGAGCCGCACAUGGGAACUACAGGGAGAGAGAGUGGGUGGUAAAGUUGGGGUGAUGGAGGCCACUUCAAAUAAAAUACAAGGCAGUGAGCUGGCCCGGAAAGAAGAGUUGAAUAAACAGAUGAAAGAACAAAAUGUUGUCAUUGAUGAGCUCUCCAACCUUAAGAAAAAUCGGGGAGUUUAUAAGCAGCAGCCCAACAGCAAUAUAUUUUUCUCAGCAGAUCGAACCCAGGUUCUAAGUGAAUGUAAAUGCACUCUUGAUGAGAUGAAGAAAGAAUACCAGGAAUUAGAAAACUGGAAAAGUGACUAACAGCAGAAUCAACAUUUGUUAUUGAUUUAGUUGAUGGGUAAAUUUAAAAGCACGUAAAAUGUGUGGUAUUUGUUGUACGUUAGUUUUAGCCCCUCGGAAAGAUGGUUCUGAUGUCUUGGCAAAGGAAAUGCCUGAAAGCCUACGACGGCGAGGUCCUGACCAUAGUCAACAGUUAUCCAGAGAAGUGCCUGAGCUGGGCUAUAAUGUGUUUUUCUCUGGUCAUGUGCUUCAUAUGAGAGGUUGCCUAAACCCACAGCCUAUGCAGGAUACUCAGGGAAACCUUCUCCUUUGGAAUGGGGAGGUUUUUGGAGGAAUCGAAAUUGGACCUGAUGGCAAUGACACUCAGAUUAUUCUUCAGCAUUUGUCUUUAUGUAAGAGUGAAGAAUCCCUUCUGUCUGUCUUUUCUUCUAUUCAGGGACCAUGGGCUUUUAUAUACUACCAACCAUCCAGUCACUGCUUGUGGUUUGGUCGAGACUUUUUUGGUCGGCGUAGUUUACUGUGGCAGUUUAAGAAUGCUGAAAAUGUUUGUCUUACUCUUACGUCAGUGAGCAUUUCUGUUCCCGAGUGUGGAAAUGUUCCCUGGCAGGAAGUACCAGCAUGUGGACUUUACAAAAUUGACCUCCAGAAACAGACCAGUGUCAACUCGUUGGCAAUAUCAUGGUAUCCAUGGAAACACAGGUGCAUUGAAUAUGAAUUCAGGACUCUCCAUUUAGGUGACGAAACUGAGUUCACUGAAAAGCUGCCUAACUUUGUUUAUGUGAUUUUGAAUGAAUCAAAACUUUUCCCCACAUCAUCCAUUACUCCUAUGAAUUACAGCAUGCCAGAGUCAUGUGCUGAAACUGUAGAUUGUGAAACAUCUUCAGUAAAUAUUGAGAUUUUUCUUUCAGAUGAACACAACAAGAAAUUAGUUAAUCAGUUUAUCAGUGUUUUGAGUGAAUCUGUUAGACGGCGAGUGCUUUUCUUAGCAAGCUGUAAAAAUCGCCCCAACUGUUCACCUCAGUUCACAGUUUCUGAAGCAAAAGUUGCCAUUCUCUUUUCUGGAGGUGUUGAUUCUAUGGUUCUUUCAGCCUUGGCUGACCAGCAUAUUCCACCAGAUGAACCUAUUGAUCUAUUGAAUGUAGCCUUUAAGCAGCAAGAACAGAAAAGACAGAAGACCUCAGCAAAGCAAAAGAAGAAAAGCGAUGCUUUCAGCUCACCUGAAGAGGAAACUCAAGAAUGUGACAAUAGUAGAGUUAAAAAAACAACUGCUUUUAGUGUGCCUGACCGGAUCACUGGACUGUCAGGUUUAAAAGAGUUACAAAUUAUAAAUCCUGCCAGAAAAUGGAAUUUUAUAGAAAUCAAUAUCACAUUAGAAGAACUGAAGGAAAUGAGGCAGCAGAGGAUUAGCCAUUUAGUGCAACCUUUGGACACAGUAUUGGAUGACAGCAUCGGCUGUGCAGUAUGGUUUGCUGCAAGAGGUAUUGGUACCAACACCAGUAAUGGAAAAAUCCAACCAUACAUCAGCACUGCAAAGGUUGUUUUAACUGGGAUAGGAGCUGAUGAACAACUUGCAGGUUAUUCCCGUCACCGUGUCUGCUACAAAACAUCAGGUUUUGAAGGCCUGGUCAAAGAAUUGGGAAUAGAACUGGGUCGCAUCUCCUCACGUAAUCUUGGAAGAGAUGACCGAGUCAUUGGAGACCAUGGAAAAGAAGCAAGAUUUCCCUUUUUGGAUGAAGAAGUUGUUUCUUUUCUAAAUGCACUUCCAGUGUGGGAGAAAGCAGACUUGACUCUGCCUCGAGGGAUUGGCGAAAAACUGCUUCUACGAAUGGCUGCAAAACAACUCGGUCUUACUGCGUCUGCUGUUCUCCCAAAGAGAGCCAUGCAAUUUGGGUCUAGAAUUGCAAAGAUGGAAAACCACAAAGAAAAGGCCUCUGAUAAGUGUAACAGGCUAUUGCAAAGUUUAGCAGAUUACUAAUUUGUCCUGUACUUUCUUUCAGUGUCACUAUUAUGGAAGGUAUCAUAUUUGGUGCUGAAACACAAAACAUCCAAAAAAGUAGUUGAAGUGCUGUUAACCUUACUCUGGAUUUCUAUACUAUUUACAUAAUUAUGCAAUCAAAUGAGUACUGUACACUAUUGAAUUUCAGAUCUUGGAAUUAUUUAAUCUAUAAUAUUUAAAUGUGUAAAAAAUGUUUGCAACUACAUUUCAUAUUCAGUUAAUUUGUUGUUUCUUAUUCAGAGCACCAGAAACCACACUGCCACUUUAAAUGGCUAAUCUAACUAAUUCAGACAGGAAAUAAUUAAAUGCUUUUUGGAAAACUAUCUGGUCACUCAGGCAACACUAGCUCAAAAACUAAUAUGCAAGCCUGUUUCUUAAUAAGUGUGCAUUUAGUUCAUGUAACUUAGAAUUCAGGCAUUCGAUGUUGAUGGCCCAUAACUUCCAUGCUCCCCAAUGUCAGAUUUGGGGGAUAGAAGUGCACACUUCUUCUGGACAAUUGCGCUGUGCUGAGAACCAUCCAAAAAUGCAGUUUAAAUCUCUUUCCCCCCCACUCCCCCCAAACCUUGGACCCACCCUGACCUCAGAUCCAAUCCACUUACCUUAGACACCUACCUUUCCCUGCCCUAUCAAUUUCCCCAGCCCUUUAAACUUGCCUGCUUUAUUGGCAGCAAGUGCUGUUAAAAAAAAAGGGGGAGGGGG